CUAACUUUUACCAGGGAAACGGUCUCUCCCUCGUUCUUGCCCUCAUUAAUUCUUGCCGUCGCUUGCUUGAAAUCGCCAUAUGCUGGUUUAUUUUUGCUCAACAGAAUGCCCGCGAAUUGAGGAUCCUUUUGCUACCUUCGACAACCCCAACCCUACCAAGUCGCUCUCGCCACUCAUUCGCUUUCAACCAUGGAUUGGGGUUUUCAACUUGGCCCCAAUGAUGAUUUUGUAGUGGAUCUUCUUUCCCAGUUCGAUGCGGCUAGUGCGCAAGCCCAAGCAGAGCAACCGGCCGCAGAGAGCUCACACAACUCUCAGUCUACGGGCUCUCGAGUCCAACCUGUGAACGAGCUCCAGGAAACACUACAACUAGCUGUAACUAUAGAGGAUGGCCAGCCAUCAGGGUUGAAGCUAGCGGCAGUGGAGAUUCCGGCGGUAGUGAAUGGGGAGGAGUAUAAAAACCUUCCGGGGCAUUCAGCCGUCCGGUAUAUCAUCAGCGAGGAGCAGGAUGACGACGGGGAUAUUGUGUACAAAGUUCGAAUGCGGAGCAGCGAAUUGCAAAUAGUCAACUUGACGCAGCUUCAAAACCUCCAGAAUGGACCGGAAGCCCUCGAACGCUUCGAAUCGUCGGACCAGGAUUCACAAAUUACAAUUCCUUCAGAUGAAGACUACGACUCUACCGAAUCUCAUUUAGUCAAUGCCAGACGUUCGAUGCGUGCAACCAAACCCCGCCGUCGGCUCACAGGAUUCUUUGCUGGAGUGAACAGCUACGAUGACGGGGGUAUUAUGAGCUCAUCGAGCGACGACGUGAUUGUUUCUUCUGCGGCAACUUCAAGAGCAAGAUGGUCGCGGGGGGACGUCCGACAAAAAGGUUCAAGGCAAAACACGCGGCAAUCAUCCAGGAUAUCCGACUACUUUGAUAAGCCUAGAUCGAAGGGCACUAGAUUUUCUACGCGGGACAGGAGGACAGUACGAAGCAACUUGCGCGAAAGAUUUGAAGAUGAUAUUUCCGAGAAUGAAAUUAGGGCGAAGCAGAAAAAAUAUGUCGGCGCCAAAGAGGCUUUCCAUACAGUCCCGCGACACGAUCCGUUCAGACUCUGUCAUCUUAACACUUGCGAUGUCUGCGGUAUAUCUGGUAAUGAUAAUGAGAAAGGCCCGCUGGUCUUCUGUCAAGGUUGCACUUUCUCCUACCAUCAAGUUUGCCUAGGCCCGCGGGGGAACAGAGAUCACCUCGUUACAAAAAUUGCAGACGAUAAUUUUGUUCUUCAGUGCCGUCAUUGCCUGGGUGUCGUUCAUGCCAAAGAUCGUUUGUCUCCGCAUCUAGGCCACUGCAACGCGUGUAACGACGAGGGACCGCUGUCCAAACCUCUCAGGGAACGCCUAUCGCCUAAGCAAGAACAACAGCUUCGUCAAGAAAAUGGCGGAAAAGAUCCUAUCAUCUCUAUCGACAUGGCGCGCAUUAAUAACGUCGAAAAUCUCCUCUUCCGCUGCUCUGGCUGCCGCAGAGCCUACCAUUUGGACCACCUACCUCCAUUGUCAGAUGAUGAUGGUGACAAUGUUGCGGUUUCGCGCUUCCAGCAAUAUUCGUCGCACUGGCAGUGUCUCGAUUGUAUAUCGGCCCCAGAUGAAAUUGCUGCCAUGGUCGCCUGGCGGCCAGUCCAACCCGACCUCGUCGAUCGUGCAGCAAGUAAGCUAUCUGAAGACAAAAAGGAGUAUCUCAUCAGGUGGCGUGACAAGUCAUACCAUCACACUACAUGGAUGCCCGGUACUUGGGUGUGGGGAGUCGCAAAACAUGCCAUGCGGCGAGCGUUCCUAAAAUCAGACAAAGACAUAAAUCCACAGGAGUUGGCCGAAGAGGCAGUCCCAGAAGACUUCUUGCGUAUCGAUAUUGUUUUUGAUGUCCGGUAUUCUGAAAAGCCGCAGGAUCGCAGCGAAGAAGUCGACAUUGCGCGAAUCGACGAUGUUAAGGAGGCAUACGUCAAGUUUAAGGGCUUACCAUACGAGGAGUCUGUGUGGGAAACCCCUCCGGAGCCCAACUCCGAGCGAUGGGCCGAUUUCAAAGAAGCAUACGAGGAUUGGGUUCGGCGAGACUAUAUCCAAACCCUAAGUCAGGAUGCACUCAGGAAGCAUCUUUCCUACGUUCGGAAGCAAAAUUUCAAGACGACUGUUGUUCGCGAUACUCAACCUGAAUCGAUGACCGGUGGUGAGAUUAUGGAGUACCAGAAGGAUGGCCUGAAUUGGUUGUACUACAUGUGGUUCAAGCAGCAGAAUGCUAUUCUUGCUGAUGAAAUGGGUCUGGGGAAGACGAUCCAGGUUAUCAGUUUCUUUGCGACUCUUAUUCAGUACCACAAGUGCUGGCCUUUUCUGGUUGUCGUUCCAAACUCGACAUGUCCCAACUGGCGCAAGGAAAUCAAGAAGUGGGUUCCUUCUAUUCGAGUUGUCACAUACUACGGAUCCGCUUUCUCUCGCAAGUUGGCCCAGGACUAUGAGAUGUUUGGCAAAGAAGGCUCCGAUCUUCGGUGUCAUGUUGUUGUAACAUCAUAUGAAACCAUGGUGGACGAGAAUUCUCGGAAGAUGCUUUCGAGAAUCCCCUGGGCCGGUCUUGUCGUGGAUGAAGGGCAACGUUUGAAGAACGACAGGAGUCUGCUCUACGAAAGUCUUUUCAAGAUCGAGUUCCCAUUCAAAGUUCUCCUUACGGGUACACCUCUUCAGAACAACACGCGAGAACUCUUCAACCUGCUUCAAUUCUGUGAUCCGAGCAUCAAAGCGGAAGACAUGGAGGCUGAGUACGGAGUGCUAUCGAAGGAUAACAUCCCUCAGUUGCAUGAAAUGAUCAGGCCUUUCUUCCUGCGUCGGACUAAGGCACAAGUCCUGAACUUCCUUCCUCCUAUUGCCAACAUCAUUGUUCCUGUAUCGAUGUCUGUUGUGCAGAAGAAGCUUUACAAGUCGAUUUUGGCAAAGAAUCCUCAAUUGAUUGAGACAAUCUUCCAACGAAAAGGCGACCAGACAGGCUUGAAGCAGGUCGAGCGCAAGAACUUGAACAAUAUCCUAUUGCAGUUGCGAAAAUGUCUUUGCCAUCCGUUCCUGUACAGCAAGGCCAUUGAAGAGCGCACUCCCGAUAUUACUGCAUCUCAUCGGCACUUAGUCGAAGCAGCCGGGAAGCUUCGACUUCUUCACCUGAUGCUACCUAAGCUUCAACAACGCGGGCAUCGGGUAUUGAUCUUCAGUCAGUUCCUUGAGCAUCUUGAUAUCAUAGAAGAUUUCCUCGAUGGACUGGGCAUGUUGUACCAUCGUCUCGAUGGAAGAAUGCCAGCAAUGGAGAAGCAAAAGCGGAUCGACGAGUACAAUGCUGAAGGAUCGCCGUACUUUGUUUUCCUCUUGUCAACUAGAUCCGGAGGUGUUGGUAUUAACUUAGCUACUGCGGAUACCGUAAUUAUCAUGGAUCCAGACUUCAAUCCUCACCAGGAUAUGCAGGCAUCAUCACGCGCUCACCGGAUUGGGCAGAAGAACAAAGUGCUUGUAUUCCAAUUGAUGACGCGUGGUAGUGCAGAAGAGAAAAUCAUGCAGAUUGGGAAAAAGAAAAUGGUCUUGGAUCAUGUGCUGAUCGACCGGAUGAUCGCCGAAGAAGAUGAUGGUCGCGAUCUAGAAUCUAUUCUACGGCAUGGUGCUCAGGCGCUUUUUGAUGACGAUGACUCUGGUGACAUCCACUACGACUCGGAAUCCGUCGACAAACUCCUCGAUCGCAGUCAAGUUGAACAAACCAAGAUGCCUGACGCAAAUAGUACAGAGGACCCCUUCAGUUUCGCGCGUGUGUGGGCCAACGAUAACCAGAACCUCAAUGGUCAGCUAGACGACGCAGUGGAUGAGGGACCGGUCAACCCAAGUGUUUGGGAAAAGAUUUUGAGAGAGCGGGAGCAAGCAGCGGAAGAAGAGUCCAAAGGGAAAGCAGAGAACCUCGGUCGUGGUAAACGCAAGCGGACAGCAGUUGACUAUAGCCAUGCUGCAGAGGUCUCACCAGCCAAGCCUCGCCGGCAAGAUGACGAUAGUGAUAUCGAAUUUCAAGCGGGCAACCUUGAUGUGCCGGAGUCGGAUUUGGAUUCAGGCCCAGGGAUGAUGUCGGAUGAUCUAGAUUCGCCCACGAAGAGGACCAAGGGUGAUUCUCCUUUUACGGUACUGACAAAAAUGGCAGUGGCCCCGUUUAAACGUGUCGAUCUUCCAGAUCUCGAACCUCCAUCAGCCCCAGCACCCGUAACAGAAAAUACUCUCGUCUGUUACGCUUGCAACCGAAGCCACCCCCCGGGUCAGUGCCGUUUGAAAUCGGCCGGAGUCGAGCAUUGCCCCCUUUGUGGACUUGCACACUACGGAGUCAGACGGACCUGCCCACACUUCCAGUCCGAGGUACAACUUUCGCGCAUGCUCGAAGCAUUAAAGAAUUCCAUGGAAGAUCGUGAGAUUCGAAACCUAGCACGAAUCUACGUGGGUGGUAUCAAGGGAGACCUGGCCCGUCGACGGAGGAGCUUGAAUCCAAACCAGACUCCGACCCCGGGAUGUAAACCUGCCGCCCUCGGUGCUCUCGAUGACCAAAAAAAGAAUAGCAUUCAUGGGACAGCAGCCUUAUCCCCGGUCCUUGGUGGACCUACUCCUGGACCUGGACCUGGCGUCGGUCCGGGGCCACCGUCCGCGAUCGAUCUGACUGGGCAUAGUGAAACUAACAAUACAGGUAUAGGUUCUGUGUCCAACAAUCCUUCAUGGCGAACCAGUUUCAAAACUUGGUUGAAUGGACAUGGGUAA